AUGGGAGGCGAUUGGAGAACGGGAAAAGUUAGGCUCUUUAAGGGUUUCAUUCGGAACGCCCUUAGUCCUUGCCUGGUUUAUGAUUCCCCGAGCUUUUCUACACCAAACGGUGGCACAGUUUCUGUCGAAGAGUUGCCUUUUGGUUUGGAUGACAGUAUGAUCGACACUGAAACUACCUGUGAGCCCUACGCCCAAGAAUUGUUAGCAGGGGCUCAGGCAAGACAUAAGAUUUUCCACGAGGAGAUCGUCCUCAAGGCUUUUUAUGAGGCCGAAAAGGCUCACAAGGGGCAGAUGAGAGCAAGUGGAGAUCCUUUCCUGCAGCACUGUGUUGAGACAGCAGUGUUGUUGGCCGACGUUGGGGCUAAUUGUACAAUAGUUGCUGCAGGGCUUUUACAUGAUACGCUCGAUGAUUCUUUUAUGGAUUAUGAUCAUAUUUUUCAUAUGUUUGGAGCUGGGGUUGCUGAUCUGGCACGAAUGGUGGUGGUGUGUCGAGCAGACGCCGCUAGGGGGGCUCGCGUAGAGGGCGAUCGCCGGCACUGA